CUGUACGUGGAGCAAGGUAAAGGUCACCAAGCGGCAAGAUGGCGGAUCAAGGGAUACCCAAGAGUGUUAAUUUCCUCUUUGGGGGAAGCGCGGGCAUGCUGGCAACAUGCUUUGUGCAACCCUUGGAUGUGGUGAAGAACAGAUUGCAAUUAAGUGGAGAAGGAGGGGCGCCUAGGCUCUACAACAGUUCCUUUGACGCCAUCAGGGCCAUCUAUGUGAAGGAAGGAUUUAAUGGCUUGUUUGCUGGUCUUUCAGCAGGGUUGCUAAGGCAGGCAACAUACACUACUACCAGGCUUGGGAUCUAUACUACUCUCUUGGAUAGGGUCAGGGCUAGGAACCAGGGGGAAAAUCCUAAUUUUGCUUCUUUGUUGGCUAUUGGUCUUGUUGCUGGUGGUUGUGGGGCAGUCGUUGGAACCCCCGCUGAGAUUUCCCUCAUACGAAUGUGUGCUGAUGGCAGGUUACCCAAAGAACAACAGAGAGGGUACACCAAUGUGUUUAAUGCUUUGUCAAGAAUAACGAAAGAAGAGGGAAUUGCCACAUUGUGGAGGGGUUGCCUCCCCACAGUUGGCCGUGCUAUGGUGGUGAAUGCUGCACAACUGGGCACCUACUCCCGGGCAAAACAGAUGCUUCUCAAAACAGGUUAUUUCCGUGAUAAUCUUUUCUGUCACUUUAAUGCCAGUAUGAUCAGUGGUCUGGUAACAACCAUUGCCUCCAUGCCAGUGGAUAUUGUGAAAACCAGGUUACAAAAUAUGAAAGUCGUAAGUGGAGUGCCGGAAUACUCUGGUGCCAUAAACUGCUUCACACGCGUAAUCAAGGUAGAAGGCGUGUUCAGUCUAUGGAAGGGUUUCAUGCCGUACUAUUUCCGCCUUGGUCCUCAUACGGUGCUCACCUUCAUAUUCUUGGAAUUUUUUAUCAAGACCUACAAGAAGACUAAGGGCAUUGAAGGCUCAUCAGGUGGUCUCUGAAGAGGGUUUCUCUUAAGAUCCAGGAAGGGAGUCCCAGAAUUACAAAACAGGUUUAUGUCGGAUUCAGUGCAGAGCAGAGAAUUACAACAUUACAACUAUCACACAGGAUGCUGUUAAUAUAAACUGUUAGUCCUUAAAUAUUUUUGGUCUUAUUCAGUUCAGGAUAAGGCUGCAGUUGUCUACUAAAACAGAGUGGAGAAUAUUUUAUUUAGAACAGAAACUAUUUCUUUCUUGUUAUCACAAGGAUGCAAUGUUUGUUUGAAUUGGACUGCCAGUGGUAGAUCUUUGCUUUGAGUAAGACAAUUUUUCCUUCUUUCUUUUUUUUUUUUUUCUUUUCUUUUUCUUGAAACAGGACCAUGGUCACAUUUUCUUUCUUUAAAAAGUUACAAUAUUGCAUAGACUCUAACUUCUACCCAUUUCAUAUAGAUGGUUACAAUGAGGGUGGCAUUUGCAGGUCCCGAUCCAGAUGUGCUCGCUAUACCAAGCCAUCUGUAACAGGCAAAAGGGACCGUAAGCCCCCUUUACACUGGAAGGUGUUCUUUCUGCAUCCCGUAGUACGACACCGUUGGAGAGUGAAAAAAAUAAUAAUCAUUUAAGGGAUAACAACUGUUCAUUUUGGCCAAAAAAUGGAUUUUCCUGGGGUAAA